AUGACUGAUCUCGGGGAUCUCCACUACUUCCUGGGUAUGAAGGUCAGCCGGUCCUCGGCUGGUCUCUUUCUGUCACAGCGACAGUAUGCUCUGGACAUUCUACAGCGGGCUGGCAUGUCUGACUGCCACCCCUCACCUACACCGGUCGACACGUCCUCGAAGCUCUCUGCUUCCGACGGCGAGCUUCUUCCCGACGCCACCGACUACAGGAGCAUCGUGGGCGGCCUUCAGUAUCUCACACUGACGCGCCCCGAUCUCUCCUACGCUGUUCAGCAGGCCUGCCUUCACAUGCAUGCUCCGCGCACGUCUCACUUGGCUCUCGUGAAACGUGUUCUGCGGUAUGUUCGGGGUACACUGGAGUUUGGCCUCCAGCUCCACGCCUCCUCGUCGACCGCCCUUGUGGCCUACUCCGACGCCGACUGGGCAGGUUGUCCGGACUCGCGUCGCUCCACCUCCGGUUACUGCGUCUACUUCGGUGAUAGUCUCAUCUCCUGGUCCUCCAAGCGACAGACCACCGUGUCCCGUUCCUCUGCAGAGGCUGAGUACCGCGCCGUCGCCCACGCCGUCGCCGAGUGCUGUUGGCUCCGCCAGCUGCUCCAGGAACUUCAUCGCCCCCUGAGCUCUGCCACGGUUGUCUACUGUGACAACGUCUCCGCCAUCUACAUGUCCUCGAAUCCGGUGCAACAUAAACGUACCAAGCACAUCGAGAUAGACAUCCACUUCGUCCGCGAGAAGGUGUCCUUGGGAGAGGUCCGUGUUCUGCAUGUUCCGUCCUCCCACCAGUUCGCGGAUGUCAUGACGAAGGGAUUACCGAGUCAGCUCUUCCUCGACUUUCGGUCCAGUCUCAACAUCCGAGAACCUCCCGCUGGGACUGCGGGCGGGUGUUAG